AUGGCAAGCGGCAACGGUGGCGGACAGGAGCCGGCCUGGUAUCGUGGGCCCUUCUUGAAGCUGACGGCCACCGCCUCCUUGAUAUGGACCCUUGGUGUCACUGUCGUCAUUGCGGUUGUACGCACAGCUCUGCUGGCUUCAGAUGCACUACCAGCGUCGUACAUCAGCGUGGCCGCAGCCGUCGUCGGGUCGACAGCGCUCGUGUUCUACCAUCGCGCCAACUCACAAGCAACACCACCGUCGGCGCGAAGCAGAUAUCAGCGGUACAUUGAGCCACUGUUGCUGCGGUCGACUUUGGUGCUCUUUGCACUGCACAUGCUGGUGUGUCUCGCAUCCACGAGCAACACCAACCUAAGCAAAUCGUCUGCGCAGCACACUCCCAAUGGCACCGACAACGACAGCAGCAGGGCUGUCAUCAUCACGGUGUAUGACGAAGCGGUGCUGCGAGUGUUUGUUGCCAUCACCACCGCUGCGCUGCUGACCCUGGACCAUAUCUACAGCAGCAAGGCGCUACUGCGGUACCCGGCACAGCAAGGGGCACUGAUUCUGCGCAUCAAGACGAGCGUGCGCGCAGCACUCGAGCGCGCACACGACCUGGCCCUUCACAUUGUCUUCCUCACAGCCAUCGGCCACUUUGUUGUUGCUGAGUUGUGUGGAAACGCGUACGAGCAAGUGCUCUCGCUGCUUCUCAACCCCAUGCAGCACGACCACACCCACAUCCACAUCGAGGAGUCCAAGACGGCGCACGUGCGACGGCUGACAAUGUCGCUGCUCCUCACAUCGCUUCGCCAGCACCAGUCCUUCGCUGCCGAGUACUUCAAGGUGGAUGCGGGCGGGAACAGCCAGUGGCGCGUGGUGUCGGCGAGUUGCAGCCGCAUUCUCCGCCAGUUCAUCACCGCCAUCAGCCCAGGCGCACUCACAGGCCUCCAGUCAGCAGCAGCCGGGUCAUUAUCGUCAUCAUCGUCGACAGCAGCAGCAGCAGCGACAAAUGGCAGAAAGCCUGGACCGCGGGUGAUGGGCGGUGGGGAUGACGAUGUUCCGAGCAUUCCAUCCACAGGACCAAUGACAGCCCUCCAGCGCCGCGUCACCGUCCUCGACCGCCUGCUCCUCUGGCUGAAGCGCGUGCACCUGCACCUGCGGCUGGAGCGGGCGUGGUUUCAGCCGUACAUCACCCAACAGGACGCAGCUUACCUCCUGCAAGGCCAGCGGGAUGGGAUGUUUGUUGUCCACGCGUCAGACACGCCCGGCCAUCUUGCCCUGACGGUCACGCACGAUCCUGUUGGUUCACCCAAGCGUCACAGCGGCCACACCUGGACGGGAUACAUUGUCGCCUCAGACAACAAGUAUGCGCUGCACGGGCGGGAAACGGUGCACAACUUCUUCAGCAUCGAGGAGAUGGUUGCGUACUAUAGCAAGCAUCCGUACAACACCAACUUUGCAGGCGAAAAGCUCAAGCUGGCGCCCUACCACGAGGAGCGCGUGGUGCGUGCUGCUGUGCGGGCAAUUGUCACGGCCGUCACCACCACGGGCCGCAAGUUCCUCAUGCGCGUGCCAGGCAUUGCCCACCUGCUGCGCACCCCGAGCACAGACGCCCUGCACACCCAGCUCGUCGGCGCUGACGGCGUGUGUGCAGCGCUGGAGAUUCUUGCCUGCUCCCUCGAGCAUGCCGCCGCGCUCGACAAGCACACGCGUGCGCGUGCGUCGGCGGAGCUUGGGGAGUGGGUUGCGCUGUUGUCGCGGCUGUUUCUGACGGUGACGCAUCUGGAGCAGCCGCUGCGCACGGACGACAGAUCCACCGUCGACCACGCAAACCACAGACGCGUCAGGUUCUGUCCAGGGUGGAGUUAG